AUGAUGGAGCACCGCACCCUGCGAUCGCUGGCCAUGGCGAACCACUUCAUGGUUUUUGUUUCUUCGGUUAUUGUGACUGGAGUCAUCUCCCACUUCCUCAAAGUUUACUCUUUUCGCAAUGCCCAUGUCAUCUAUCAGGAAGUCGUGGCGACAAUCACUCUGGCCUUGUCCAUUGUCGCAAUGGCUCUACCUUUUAUCCACGGAUACAAAGGCUACCUUCUUCCGGUUAAUCUCAUUAUGUCAUAUCUUUGGAUGACUUCGUUCAUCUUCUCGGCUCAGGACUGGGCCGGCGGUCGCUGUCCCUUCAACGGCCCUUUGGCCAAGUGUGGUCUAAAGAAGACCGUCAUUGCGUUCAACUUUCUAGCAUUGUUCUUCCUUCUGUGCAACAUUGUCGCUGAGGGUCUUCUGUGGCGCCAAUCCCGUGUCGAGGCCCAACCUUUCCAUACAAAGGAGCGUCCAGUGUCCGAUGCCACUGCUGGAAGCGUACCCGAGACUUCCAGCCACGUUUGA